GGUCUAGAUGCAGAGUUGUCUUACGUGAGGAAUGAUGUGGUUAAUCACUAUGCGUUGUCCUUCAAUCUCUUAAUACCCAGUGAGACCAAUAAUCUUCACUUCAGCUGGCAUGCUAAAUCCAAGGUUGAGUAUAAACUGGGAUUUCAGGUAGAUAAUCCCAUGGCCAUGGCUAUGCCCCAGGCCAACAUUUCUCUACAAGGAGAAGUUCCUCGCACCCUUUCAGUGUUUCGCGUCGAACUCUCCUGCACUGGCAGACUCGACUCUGAGGUCACAAUACUAAUGCAGCUCAACUUGACAAUAAAUUCAUCAAAAAACAUAACAGUUUUAAAUUUCAAACGAAGGAAAAUGUGCUACAGAAAGCUUGAACCCGAAGUAAAAUCUCCAAUAUCUGACAAGAACAGCAGCAAGGCUAUAUUUGAUCCUGUAAACGCAGCUCCCACCACUUCUACCCGUGUAUUUUAUAUCAGCGUAGGUGUGUGCUGUGCUGUUAUAUUCCUGGUGGCUAUAAUAUUAGCUGUCUUGCAUCUCCACAGCAUGAAAAGGAUAGAGUUGGAUGACAGCAUUAGUGACAGCAGUAGCUCACAAGGUUUAUCCCAACCUUCCACACAGACGACACAGUACUUGCGAGCCGACACGCCAAACAAUGCAACACCAGUAACCAGUUAUCCUACAUUACGGAUAGAGAAGAAUGAUCUUAAAAGUGUCACUCUCAUGGAAGCAAAAGCUAAAGUGAAGGACAUAGCCAUCUCCAGGGAGAGGAUAACUCUAAAAGAUGUGCUUCAAGAAGGCACAUUUGGGCGCAUUUUCCAUGGGAUUCUAAUAGAAGAAAAAGACCCCAGUAAAGAGAAACAAGUUUUUGUCAAAACUGUUAAAGAUCAAGCCUCAGAGGUACAGGUGACAAUGAUGCUGACUGAAAGCUGUAAACUCAGAGGACUUCAUCACAGGAAUCUGCUGCCUAUCACUCAUGUCUAUAUAGAAGAGGGAGAGAAACCAAUGGUGCUGCUGCCGUACAUGAACUGGGGGAACCUUAAACUAUUCUUGCGACAGUGCAAGCUGGUAGAGGCUAACAAUCCUCAGGCAAUUUCCCAGCAGGAUCUUGUACAUAUGGCUAUUCAGAUUGCCUGUGGGAUGAGUUAUUUGGCCAGACGGGAGGUCAUUCACAAAGACCUGGCUGCUAGAAACUGUGUGUAA